AUGGGCAAGAAGUGGAGGGAUGCGGCGGAAGUGGAGCGGGGCUGCUCGGACCGCGAGGACAGCGCCGAAAGCCGCAGGCGCAGCCGCAGCGCCAGCCGGGGCAGGUUUGCCGAAUCGUGGAAAAGGUUAAGUUCCAAGCAGGGGUCCACGAAGCGCUCGGGACUGCCGCCGCAACAGACGCCGGCCCAGAAAUCCUGGAUAGAAAGAGCAUUUUACAAGAGAGAAUGUGUUCAUAUAAUACCCAGCACCAAAGACCCCCAUAGGUGUUGCUGUGGACGUCUGAUCGGCCAACAUGUUGGCCUCACUCCCAGCAUCUCUGUGCUCCAGAACGAGAAGAACGAGAGCCGCCUCUCCCGAAAUGACAUCCAGUCCGAGAAGUGGUCCAUCGGCAAGCACACGCAGCUCAGCCCCACGGAUGCCUUUGGCACCAUUGAGUUCCAAGGUGGCGGCCACUCCAACAAAGCCAUGUACGUGCGGGUAUCAUUUGAUACGAAGCCCGACCUCCUCCUACACCUGAUGACCAAGGAAUGGCAACUGGAGCUCCCCAAGCUUCUGAUCUCGGUCCACGGGGGCCUGCAGAACUUCGAGCUGCAGCCUAAGCUGAAGCAAGUCUUCGGGAAGGGGCUCAUCAAAGCCGCCAUGACGACGGGGGCGUGGAUAUUCAGCGGAGGCGUGAACACAGGUGUUAUCCGGCACGUUGGAGAUGCCUUGAAGGACCAUGCGUCUAAGUCGAGAGGGAAGAUUUGCACCAUAGGAAUCGCACCCUGGGGAAUUGUGGAGAACCAAGAGGACCUGAUUGGAAGAGAUGUUGUGCGGCCCUAUCAGACCAUGUCCAAUCCCAUGAGUAAGCUCACUGUUCUCAACAGCAUGCAUUCUCACUUCAUCCUGGCGGACAACGGGACCACUGGCAAAUACGGGGCAGAGGUGAAGCUGCGGAGACAACUGGAAAAGCACAUUUCACUUCAGAAGAUCAACACGAGAAUUGGUCAAGGCGUCCCAGUGGUGGCACUCAUCGUGGAAGGAGGACCCAACGUGAUUUCGAUUGUUCUGGAAUACCUUCGAGACACUCCUCCGGUGCCCGUCGUCGUCUGUGAUGGGAGUGGACGGGCAUCCGACAUCCUGGCAUUUGGGCAUAAAUAUUCAGAAGAAGGCGGGCUCAUCAAUGAAUCUUUGAGGGACCAGCUGUUGGUGACUAUACAGAAGACCUUCACCUACACACGAACCCAAGCUCAGCACCUGUUCAUCAUCCUCAUGGAAUGCAUGAAGAAGAAGGAACUGAUCACAGUGUUCCGGAUGGGAUCGGAGGGACAUCAGGACAUUGAUUUAGCCAUCCUGACAGCUUUGCUCAAAGGUGCCAAUGCCUCGGCCCCAGACCAGCUGAGUUUAGCUUUAGCCUGGAACCGCGUGGACAUCGCCCGCAGCCAGAUCUUUAUUUAUGGGCAACAGUGGCCGGUGGGGUCUCUGGAGCAAGCCAUGCUGGACGCCCUUGUCCUGGACAGAGUGGAUUUUGUGAAGUUGCUCAUCGAGAAUGGAGUAAGCAUGCAUCGUUUCCUCACCAUCUCCAGACUAGAGGAGUUGUACAAUACGAGACAUGGGCCCUCGAAUACGUUGUACCACUUGGUCAGGGACGUCAAGAAGGGGAACCUGCCUCCCGACUACAGAAUCAGCCUGAUUGAUAUCGGCCUGGUCAUCGAGUAUCUGAUGGGCGGCGCCUAUCGCUGCAACUACACACGCAAGCGCUUCCGAACCCUCUACCACAAUCUCUUCGGUCCCAAAAGGCCCAAAGCCUUGAAACUGCUUGGAAUGGAGGAUGAUAUCCCCUUGAGGCGAGGAAGAAAGACCACCAAGAAGCGCGAGGAAGAGGUGGACAUUGACUUGGAUGACCCUGAGAUCAACCACUUCCCAUUCCCUUUCCACGAGCUCAUGGUGUGGGCCGUGCUCAUGAAGCGGCAGAAGAUGGCGCUGUUCUUCUGGCAGCACGGGGAAGAGGCCAUGGCCAAGGCCCUGGUGGCCUGUAAGCUCUGCAAGGCCAUGGCUCACGAGGCCUCUGAGAAUGACAUGGUGGAUGACAUUUCCCAGGAGCUGAACCACAACUCCAGGGACUUUGGCCAGCUGGCAGUGGAGCUCCUGGAUCAGUCCUACAAGCAGGACGAGCAGCUGGCCAUGAAGCUGCUGACGUAUGAGCUGAAGAACUGGAGCAACGCCACUUGCCUGCAGCUCGCUGUGGCUGCCAAGCACCGUGACUUCAUUGCCCACACAUGUAGCCAGAUGCUGCUCACCGACAUGUGGAUGGGCCGCCUCCGCAUGCGCAAAAACUCAGGCCUCAAGGUAAUUCUGGGAAUUCUACUUCCUCCUUCAAUUCUCAGCUUGGAGUUCAAGAACAAAGACGACAUGCCUUAUAUGACCCAGGCUCAGGAAAUCCACCUGCAGGAGAAGGAGCCGGAGGAACCCGAGAAGCCCACGAAGGAUAAGGACGAAGAGGACAUGGAACUGACAGCCAUGCUGGGACGCAGCAACGGGGAGUCCUCCAGGAAGAAGGAUGAAGAGGAUGUCCAGAGCAGGCACCGCCUCAUUCCCCUGGGCAGAAAAAUCUACGAAUUCUACAACGCGCCCAUCGUCAAGUUCUGGUUCUACACUCUGGCUUACAUUGGGUACCUGAUGCUGUUCAACUACAUCGUGUUGGUGAAGAUGGAGCGCUGGCCUUCCACACAGGAAUGGAUCGUCAUCUCCUACAUUUUCACCCUGGGAAUAGAGAAGAUGAGAGAGAUUCUGAUGUCAGAGCCAGGGAAGCUGUUGCAGAAAGUGAAGGUGUGGCUGCAGGAAUACUGGAAUGUCACAGAUCUCAUCGCCAUCCUUCUGUUUUCCAUUGGAAUGAUCCUCCGCCUCCAGGACCAGCCCUUCAGGAGUGACGGCAGGGUCAUCUACUGCGUGAACAUCAUCUAUUGGUACAUCCGCUUGCUAGACAUCUUCGGCGUGAACAAGUAUUUGGGCCCCUAUGUUAUGAUGAUCGGAAAGAUGAUGAUAGACAUGAUGUACUUUGUAAUCAUCAUGCUGGUGGUCCUGAUGAGCUUUGGGGUUGCCAGGCAAGCCAUCCUGUUCCCCAACGAGGAGCCGUCGUGGAAACUGGCCAAGAACAUCUUCUACAUGCCCUACUGGAUGAUUUAUGGGGAAGUGUUUGCGGACCAGAUAGACCCUCCCUGUGGACAGAAUGAGACCCGAGAGGAUGGCAAAAUGAUCCAGCUGCCUCCUUGCAAGACAGGGGCUUGGGUUGUGCCAGCCAUCAUGGCCUGCUACCUCUUGGUGGCAAACAUCUUACUGGUCAACCUCCUCAUCGCUGUCUUUAACAACACAUUUUUUGAGGUUAAGUCGAUCUCCAAUCAAGUGUGGAAGUUUCAGCGGUAUCAACUCAUCAUGACCUUCCAUGAAAGGCCAGUUCUGCCCCCACCUCUGAUCAUCUUCAGUCACAUGACCAUGAUCUUCCAGCACCUGUGCUGCCGCUGGAGGAAGCAGGGAAGUGACCCGGAUGAAAGGGACUAUGGCCUGAAACUCUUCAUAACUGAUGAUGAGCUCAAAAAAGUACAUGACUUCGAAGAGCAGUGUAUAGAGGAAUAUUUCAGAGAAAAGGAUGACCGAUUCAACUCAUCCAACGAUGAAAGGAUACGGGUGACUUCAGAAAGGGUGGAGAACAUGUCCAUGCGGCUGGAGGAAGUCAACGAGAGGGAGCACUCCAUGAAGGCGUCGCUGCAGACCGUGGACAUCCGACUGGCACAGCUCGAAGACCUCAUCGGGCGCAUGGCCACCGCCCUGGAGCGCCUGACCGGGCUGGAGAGGGCGGAAUCCAACAAGAUCCGCUCACGCACCUCCUCAGACUGCACCGACGCAGCCUACAUUGUGCGCCAGAGCAGCUUCAACAGCCAGGAGGGGAACACGUUCAAGCUCCAGGAAAGCCUGGACCCUGCAGGUGAGGAGAGCAUGUCCCCAACUUCUCCCACCUUAAUGCCCCGUAUGCGGAGCCAUUCUUUCUAUUCGGUCAAUGUGAAAGACAAAAGUGGGAUAGAGAAGUUGGAGAGUAUUUUUAAAGAAAGGUCCCUGAGCCUCCACCGGGCCACUAGUUCCCACUCGGUAGCUAAAGAAUGCAAAGCUCCCGCAGCCCCCACCAACACCUUGGCCAUUGUUCCCGACUCCAGAAGACCGUCCUCCUGUAUUGACAUCUACGUCUCCACCAUGGAUGAGCUCCACUGUGACGCAGACCCUCUGGACAGCUCCAUGAACAUCCUGGGGUUGGGCGAGCCCAGCUUUUCAACUCUCCUGCCUUCCACAGCUCCUUCAAGCAGUGCCUACGCCACUCUUGCACCCACAGACAGACCUCCAAGCCGGAGCAUUGAUUUCGAAGACAUCACCUCCAUGGACACUAGGUCAUUCUCCUCAGACUAUACCCACCUCCCAGAAUGCCAAAACCCAUGGGAUUCAGACCCUCCAACGUAUCACACCAUUGAGCGGUCCAAAAGUAGCCGCUACCUGGCCACCACGCCCUUUCUUCUAGAAGAGGCUCCCAUCGCGAAGUCACACAGUUUUAUGUUUUCACCUUCAAGGAGCUCCUACGCCAACUUUGGGGUGCCCGUGAAAACCGCGGAGUACACCAGCAUCACAGACUGCAUCGACACAAGGUGUGUCAGUGCCCCUCGAGCGCCCGCAGACAGAGUGCCGUUUCCUGGUGCCCUGGGAGACAAAGUGGAGGACUUAUCUUGCUGCCAUCCCGAGCGAGAGGCAGAACUGAGUCAUCCCAGUUCCGACAGUGAGGAGAUCGAGGCCCGGGGCCGGAAAGCUGCCACGGCACUUUCCUCCCAGGAGGGUGAGAACGCAGACAGAACCCUGUCCAACAAUAUCACAGUUCCCAAGAUGGAGCGUGCCAACAGCUACUCUGCCGAGGAGCCAAGUGCGCCGUAUGCACACACCAGGAAGAGCUUCUCCAUUAGUGACAGGCUCGACCGGCAACGCAAUGCGGCCAGCCUGCGGAACCCCUUCCAGAGGAGCAGGUCCUCCAGGCCAGAGGGCCGAGGGGAUGGCCUGUCCAUGAGGAGACUGUCCAGAACCUCGGCUUUCCACAGCUUUGAAAGCAAGCACAACUAGACCUUUUCCCACCCCUCUCCCCUGCACUGUAUGAGGCUCAAGAGUCCAGCCCUUAAAAUUCUCCCCAAACUCCAACUUUCCCCACAUCCCUUCCUUGAACCACACUCACUUUAUGCUUAGCUGAGCAAAACAAGCAAUGCUUUGGGAGGUGUUCACUCACAGGUGACUUUGGGGCCACAGACCCAGGAAGCUCCUGCUCUGGCCCCGUGCCAAGCACAGGGAGUUGAUGCCAUGUUCACACUCGCUGGGUAGGGAGGGAGAGAAGGGGAACAGGCGCUGCAGACCACCACGAGCUCUGGGGAACCAAGGGGCUUCAAGCAUUCUUCAUGCCAAGAGGCAUUACUCAGAGUUUUAGGAUGCAGGGCUAAACUGCAGAAUAAAAUAAAAUAGCCAGCCUACAAGAUGAGAUAUUCUAAACUUCCAUUCUGUUUUCUUUUCACAUUGGCUCCAUCACUGGUGACUGACGAAGAGCAUCCUUUUUAUUCAGUGUAAGCCGGCAGCAAGCAGUUCUCCUAACGUCCCACAUCCUUCUCAUGCCAACACCUGUGUAAUUGGUCAUUAUAAAGAAAACACAAGGUAACAGUCACAGUUCACCUGUCUCUUCUGUAUUCACUUCUGGUACCACAACUGUUGAUCUUUUUUGGAGACGAUAAGGGAACGGAAAUGCCUUCUUGCAUUGCAAUCAAAGUGAAAGAGGAAUUCAUGUCCAAAAGUCAUGUGAUCUAUCACAUACAGUGGGCGUUCAGGUAGAGUCAAGCAAGCUCAGGAUGAGUGGAAUCAAAUAAUUUUAUAUCUUUAAUUUAUUUUGUAUCUCACCUGUCCAUCAAUGAAUUCACUCAUCGACUACGGAAUAAUGACCUUUUCAAAAGAAAGUGGCAAAACUGACCUAGAACUGCCAUAAGGGACAUCGCGGUAUUACCACUCGUGUCCUGUGCAGUGCUGUUCUGUGGCCUUGACCAUGUGCAUGGCUCCACCCCACCCUCCCAGCGCAUCCAAGAUGGAGCUACCGGCGUCUCACGCUGCUCAUUACCACCUGACCAUUUUGUAU